UUUCCUAAGAGAAGCUGUAAGACCACACCGUGCGCUCUUGUCUGCGCCAAGAAUAGUCCUGUUAACACAGGCCACGUUACAGGGCUUACAGUGACCGUCUCCCUCCUGAUUGGAUUUUCUGCUGAGAAUAUAUAUUUUUCUUAUUUUACCGAAUGAUCAUGGCACUACUUUAUAUGAAUUGUUACAUCUGAUGGUUUUAAGAGGGGGGAGACCUAUUUCUGGCGCCCCUUUACGCACUGAACAGUGGAAUUCGUCGGGAAGUGUAAAGACUUUGCGCUUUUCCUUUGUCUUUCCUCAGCGAUAAACGCCGCCGGUAUGUUUUCACUCUUACACGGAUUGUUAUGCUUUUGUGCUGUAAUUUGUGGGCAUCUAACGGGCGGACAAGUGGACGACGGAAAGCGGUACAUCUGCCGAGCUGUACCGCUCAGCGGCGAUGCCAGUUGCCCCGUGACACUGUUACCCGAGCUGAACGCCGGCAGCCAGGAAGAGGAGCUCAGGAACACCGUCAUGCAGCUACGAGAGACAAUUUUGCAGCAGAAAGAAACGAUUUCCAAACAGGUGGGCACCAUCAACGAGUUAACCACCAAGCUGUCCCUGUGCGCCUCAGCCACCGACGACAGAAAGUACGACAAAGGGGGCUCUUGGGGUAAAGAAAAACAAAAUACGAUGGGAGAUGUUCCCAGAGAUCCGAAUGACACCAUCGACAAUCUUGGAAAAACAAUGCAGGGGCUGAAAGACCGACUGGAGAACCUGGAGCAACAGCAAAUGAGGGCCAACAUAUCUGGCGCCUCGUUCCCCAGUGAGCUCCGGGACCUGCUGCAGAGUAGGCUUGGGGAGCUGGAGAAACAGCUCCUGAAGAAAGUCAGCAACUUGGAGGAGGAAAAGAGCAUGCUGUCCAACGCCACAGCCGCCUACAGGUUGAAGACGGAGAGCACUCUGAACGCCCUGGUGGAGAGGAUCAGUGAGCUGGAGAAAGGAGGAGGAGAUUUCAAGUCCCCAGAGCAGUUUAAGCUGUCCCUACCCCAGCGGACCAACUACUUGUACGGCCGCUUCACCAAGACCCUUCCGGAGAUGUACGCCUUUACGAUCUGCAUGUGGAUCAAGUCCAACGCCAGCCCAGGAAUAGGGACGCCUUUCUCUUACGGUGUGCCGGGCCAAGCUAAUGAGAUUGUGCUGAUUGAAUGGGGCAACAACCCAAUCGAGCUGCUCAUAAAUGACAAGGUUGCACAGCUGCCCCUGGAGGUACGCGACGGUCGGUGGCACCACAUCUGUAUCUCGUGGACCACGCGGGACGGCCAGUGGGACGCUUACCAAGACGGGGAGAAGCUGGGAACCGGUGACAACCUGGCAGCCUGGCACCCCAUCAAACCCGGAGGGGUCAUCAUCCUGGGGCAGGAGCAGGACGUGGUAGGCGGGCGCUUUGAUGCCGGCCAGGCUUUCGUGGGCGAGCUGAGUCAGGUGAACAUUUGGGACCGUAUUCUGAAGCCAGUGGAGAUCCAGGCUAUGGCCAACUGCAGUUCUUACAUCCCAGGGAAUGUGAUCUCCUGGCUGGCGAGCAACGUUGAAGUCUUCGGGAGGGGAGCUUCCAAACAGCCCCUGGAGAUGUGUCAGGAACGACUGCCCAACGCUUAGAACAUGCCCGCUGCUGUUUCAAUCCAUUUCGAAGCUUUCUUUGUUAGGCAGUUUAUGGAUUUUGUUUCAUAGAUGUUUUAUCUGCUUUGCACACAGAUAUAUUGCGAAUAUUGAAUUAUGACGGUUACAUGGGUAGCAUUGAGCGUGGGAACACACCAAAGUGCAAAUUGUUCUGCGGAGGUUGAGCUCAAUCACUGACUCGUUGCUGUUUCGUCUCAAGUGGCAAUCAGAGCACUACCUACUGACAUUUCUGUCCGUACCACGAUGCUUAAGUCCACCGGUACACCAAGCGCGGUAACUUUCCCCUACAGGUAUUCGUACAAGAACAUUACAUAGACCCCCCCGCCUCUCCACUGUCUCCCACUCACCCCUCCCUACCCACUCAAAAGCCCUGAUGUAAUGAAAAUCCACUCUAGCCCGGCACAGACGCACCAAUACGACGAGGUCUAGACUGACUCUGGCGUUGCCAUGUGAGUUGCUGUUGCGUGCUGUGUGGGAGUCAGGAAAGAUUAAAGGUCUGGCUAAUGUUAUGUCUCUUCCUUAAAUAGGGAAUGGGCUUAGAGCAACGCCAAGCCAACCCCUGAUCCUGACAUGAUAAGUCAUAUUAACAGGAACAUAACACAAGAAAAUAUACCUUUGUUUGUUUGGAACAUGACUCUGACUGGCAGAUGGAGCGUGUGUGCAAUACGUUUGAAUCUCUGUUAGAAAUGCUGCUACUGUAGAUUUACAGGUUGCGUUGUGAAAACCUUGUCGCGAAGUGUUACUUUGUGCAUGCUAGUGAGCCUAUUCACAGUGCUUUUAUCUUGGCCUUUUCCGUAAGGUUUUAAUUGUGAAUCAACAUAUAGUCAUAGUACUUGUGAUUUGUUACAUGGUUGCAGUGGAUUGUCUUUGCUUAGAUCCGUCUUAGACAUGAAUUCUGAUUGUCCAUGAAUCAUUUGUUUUACAUUGUUUAGUGUCUUUGUGGUUGUGCUUUUUUUUUUAAGAGAUCUCUGUUCCUGGUCCACCUUGUCCUGUUGCCUUCUUUAAACGUUUAAGUGCCAUUAAAUGUUUUCUACAGUUAAGUGUUGAAAAUGAUUUGCUUUGCCAAUAAAUAAUAAAAUGUGACAAACAAUUUAAAAAAAAGUCUCCCGCGCAA